UAUUUUAUCCUACCUAGCUACAUACCUUCAUUUAUAUAUAAAGACACACCUCAUUUGUCACUUACAAACACACACACACACACACCAAGUGUUGUGAAGAUAGAGAGAAGCAUAUAUAUAUAUAUAGAGACAUCUUGAACAACAAUUUGAAGAAACAAAGAUUAAUUAAUAUAAUAUUUGUAAUGGGAAGGCCACCAUGUUGUGACAAAGUUGGAGUGAAGAAAGGACCAUGGACUCCAGAAGAAGAUAUAAUCCUUGUAUCUUAUAUUCAAGAACAUGGUCCUGGUAAUUGGAGAUCUGUUCCUACUAAUACUGGUUUGCUAAGAUGUAGUAAGAGUUGCAGACUCCGGUGGACUAAUUAUCUUAGACCCGGUAUUAAACGCGGUAGCUUCACUGAUCAAGAAGAGAAGAUGAUUAUCCAUUUGCAAGCCCUUCUUGGCAAUAGAUGGGCAGCAAUAGCUUCAUAUCUUCCACAAAGAACGGAUAACGAUAUCAAGAAUUACUGGAAUACACAUCUGAAAAAGAAGCUAAACAAGGCCCAAGGAAACACUAAUUCAGAUCAAGAAAAUAACCAUCAUCAUCAUCAUUCAAGGGGCUCCAACUCAUCAUCAUCAUCAGAAACAACUAAUUCCAUGUCUAAAGGGAAAUGGGAAAGACGGCUUCAAACCGAUAUCAACAUGGCUAAACAAGCACUUUGUGAUGCUUUAUCUCUUGAUAAUAAAUCCAUAAACCUUCCUGAAUUAUCCAAUAAUUUUGUUCCAAAAAAGCCCCCCUCACCAAACCCUAGUAGUCCACAAAUAAGCCACAAACAAUCAUCUAUUGUGCUACCAUCACCAAAAAAUAAUAUUAAUCAAAAUAAUCCAACCAGUAGUAUUUAUGCAUCAAGUGCUGAAAAUAUUGCAAGGUUGCUCCCAAACUGGAUGAACAAGCCACAAAAAUGUUCACAAACAAGCUCCGAAAGCAUCGGCACUACUCAUACGACACAAAACUCGUUUUCUACAAGUGAUCAAGGGCUUGAUAAUAAUUCUUCACUUCAGUUUGGGUUUAACCACAACAAUAAUAAUAAUUACUCAAACUACAGCAAUAUUUCAGAUGUGUCACAAUCGGUUUCACCUGAAACGACAAGUUUGAUCCAAGAUCAUCAUGAAAGCAAACCGAAUUUGGAAAAUAUUCAACUGCCACCUCUAAGUUUUCUAGAGAAAUGGCUUCUUGAUGAUGCUACUGCUCUUGAACAUGAAGAUAGCCUUAUGAAUCUUUCUUUAGAAGAGACCAAUGGUUUGUUUUAAUUAAUUAAAAGCUUAUUUUCAAGUUAUUUCUUUUGGCUAAAGGAAGAGGGGUUUUAAAGAUAUAUAGCCGGAAAAUCAACUUUUUUUCUGGCAAUUCGAUAUAUAUAUCACUAGGUAAUACACAACAACAACAACAACUGUGAAUCAUAUCAAAUCUAGCUAGCUAGUUUUUUCCAUGUAAUUUUGAACAAGUUUCUCGACCGCUACAACAAACGUAUAGGCCGGUGUUUUAAUUUAUUUUCCUUUUGUUUCUUAGAAAGUGUUAAUUAUAAUGAUAUGUAAAUGAUGGUACUAAUUAAGUGGUAGGGUUUUUUUUUUUUUUUA